GUCCGAAUUAACCUCCGCCGCAUCGUUCCCAGAGCCAAUGAUGAAUAUUGACUCCGCAAACAACGACGACACCAACGCUCCUGAGAAGCCAUAUCAGGGCCGGUCCGGGCAGCCUCCUCCGUCUUCAACCCUAAAUCUCUACCGGCGCCUCCCCUUCGGGCGCAAGCACUUCUUUGGGCACGAGAACCCUGACCGGGCCGCCGAGUUCUUUGUCGUCAACCCCGUACCACACAAACACCACAACUCAUGGCGCCCCAUCUUCUACCGCGGAGAUAACCCCAAGUACUCGGGCCUCAGCACUCCCGUCGGCCGUGCCCUGCGCACCAAGAUGUGGAACAGGUUUUACAUCCAGAUCGGCGACGGCGUGGCCGAGGUGCUCCAGAACAAGGAACGCGUCAAGAAGCGCAAAAAGUACGAGCGCAAGCAGAAACUGCGCAAGUUCUUCUGCCAGGGCGAGAAGCCGCCGCCGGAGCCCCUCGAGGACCCGCAGGAGGUCCGAGGGCUCGUCGCCGUCUUUGAGAUGAAGCGGUGCGGCUUCCUCGGGCGCGCCCUCGAGUGGGAGCUCGGCGGGCAGCGAUACCAGUGGAAGGGCACUCGGCGCUUCCAGACGGGGGCCUUUCGGGGGCUCAAGGGUGUGUCGCACGACUUUAAGCUAGUCGACGCAAACAACAACAUCGUCGCCACCUUUGAGAAAGACCGGUGGGCAUCCUGCAAACGGUCCGAGAAGCUCGGCCGCCCGCCCAACAAGAAGCGGCUGUUCCUCGGCACGCUGCAGCGCUAUCCGGCCGCCGACGCGCCCCCGCCCGCCGCCGUCCUUGAGGCCGUCCGGUCGGCCGGCCCGGACGCCGCCUACGGGCUGCCCGAGAAGCUGACCAAGUACCUCAACCUGCAGGGAUCGCACUCGGGCGACCUCACCGAAGAGGCCAUCGCCUUCACCUGCUGGAUCGCCGUCGAGGCCGAGCACAGGCUUCGCUACAAGAUCUUCGACCUCAUUGAGGAGGUCCUUGAAAACAUAGGCUCAUAAUUAGGCUUUUUCUUUCUUUCUUUCUUUCUUUCUUGUUAAUUUUGACACGUUGGUCGGGAAGUGAAUCUACUCUUGUCAGAAGCGCCCGAGCUUCUGGGACGCUAGCCACGAGCAAUGCAAGCCACUUUGCAGGCUCGCCGACGCACGGAUCAUCUUUCCUUUGUCUAAUUUAUAUCGCUCUUUCUCUCCUUUGUAGAUAGUUCAACAAGGGCACUCUUUCUGUUCCUUCCUUGCCACUACUCUCAACGCCUCCCACACGCUUAUUCGAGCUCGCAACUGCGUUCGGCAACUCUCGGUGGCUUUGCGCCAUGGCCUGGUGCUUUUCUUUCCUUCCUUCCCUCGAUAGACACCCUUACUCCUUCCUUCAACUCGACACACCACACUCCCUUCGUUAGAGGUUGAUAUAGAUCAUGUUCAGGGCAGGUCAGGUACCUGCUAGUAAAUUAGAUGCUGUUUUGAUUUCUCGGUUAAUUAGUA